CCUUGAAUACGACAUUGAUGAUCGUUACUUAACGGACCAGUCUUGGUCCAUUUAAAGUGCCGCUUAUACCUUUAUGUCAACUUGCCCUUUAAUUGUCUUACUGCCGCGUCCCAGCGAGUAGGAGAGAGUGAGUCUGCGGCCCGAUGGAAGGACAGGUCGGGAAUGCAGGGAAUGUGUAGUGAAACCUGGAGGCUGUGAUGAGGGAAGGAUCGCCGCUGCAAACGCUUUCCAGGGGCCAUUGAGCACUUUACCACAGUAACUCAACAGCCUGCUUCGAAUACAGGAGGACAAGACUCACAACAGCAUACUUCUGUUUCUUUUUUCUCCUUCUACAACACAAGACCAGUUUUUCUGAGACUCUGAGAGGAGAUAGGCCCUUCAAAACAUCAAUCAUGUACGGUAGUGCCAGAACAGUUGGGACUAUGGAAGAAAGUCCAUCCCGGUCCCCUCGCCUACCAAGAUCCCCUAGACUGGGGCACAGGAGGACCCCAGGCAGAGGAGGAGGAACCGGCAAGACGUUGUCCAUGGAGAACAUUCAGUCUCUGAAUGCGGCCUAUGCCACGUCCGGGCCGAUGUACCUAAGUGACCAUGAAGGGGUGGGGUCUACCACCUACCCAAAAGGCACCAUGACCCUAGGGCGGGCCACUAGCCGCGCCACCUAUGGGGGCCGAGUCACAGCCAUGGGCAGCAGCCCCAACAUCGCGUCCGCCGGCCUACCGCAUGGCGACAUGCUCUCCUACGGCGAUCAUGGUGGCAUGCCCCCACACUCCCACCAGGUGCCCUCUGGCCUGCGGCAGCUCCGCGAUAAUGCCAUGCUGGACAUGCAGUCCCAAAUGAAGGACCUGCAGAGGGAAAACGACUUGCUGCGCAGGGAGCUGGACGUCAAGGACAGCAAGUUGGGCUCCUCCAUGAACAGCAUCAAGACCUUCUGGAGCCCGGAGCUGAAGAAGGAGAGGGUGAUGCGGAAGGAGGAGGUUGCCCGUACGUCUGUCCUGAAGGAGCAGAUGAGAGUGACCCAUGAGGAAAACCAGCAGCCAUUGGAUUCCAGAAGAACUAAGCACCUGCAGCUGACCAUCCAGGCCCUGCAGGAUGAGCUGCGCACCCAGCGGGACCUGAACCACCUGCUGCAGCAGGAGAGCGGCAACCGCGGUGCUGAGCACUUCACCAUCGAGCUGACCGAGGAGAACUUCCGGCGGCUGCAGGCCGAGCACGACCGGCAGGCCAAGGAGCUGUUCCUGCUGAGGAAGACGCUGGAGGAGAUGGAGCUGCGCAUCGAGACGCAGAAGCAGACCCUCAGCGCCCGGGACGAGUCCAUCAAGAAGCUGCUGGAGAUGCUGCAGAACAAGGGGCUGCCUUCGGAUCGCGGGCCUGAGGACGAGCACGACAGGGCGCGCCGCGUGGCUGAGGCCGAGUCACAGCUCAGCCACCUGGAGGUCAUCCUGGACCAGAAGGAGAAGGAGAACCUGCACCUGCGCGAGGAGCUUCACAGGAGAAGCCAGCCGCAGGUGGAGCCAGCCAAGACCAAGGCUCUGCAGACGGUCAUCGAGAUGAAGAAUUCAGCACCCCCUUUCUGUUUUGAUCCAGAUGUGAUAUGGCAGGACACCAAAAUUGCGUCUCUUGAAAGGAAUAUCAGAGACCUUGAGGAUGAGAUUCAGAUGCUGAAGACAAAUGGGUUGCUCAAUACGGAGGACAGGGAGGAAGAGAUGAAACAGAUGGAGAUCUACAAGAGCCAUUCCAAGUUCAUGAAGAACAAGAUCGAUCAGCUGAAGCAAGAACUGUCAAAAAAAGAGUCUGAGCUUCUAGCCUUACAAACUAAGCUUGAGACGCUGAACAAUCAGAACUCGGACUGCAAGCAGCACAUCGAGGUGCUGAAAGAGUCUCUGACUGCCAAGGAGCAGCGGGCCGCCAUCCUUCAGACGGAGGUUGACGCUCUGAGAUUGCGCUUGGAGGAAAAAGAGUCGUUCCUCAACAAGAAGAGCAAGCAACUUCAGGACCUGACGGAAGAGAAGGGGACACUGGCUGGGGAGAUUCGCGACAUGAAGGAUAUGCUGGAGGUGAAGGAACGGAAGGUCAACGUCCUUCAGAAAAAGAUUGAAAAUCUCCAGGAGCAGCUUCGUGACAAGGACAAACAGCUAACCAACCUGAAAGACCGCGUGAAGUCGCUGCAGACGGACUCUAGCAACACGGACACCGCCCUGGCCACACUGGAGGAGGCGCUGUCUGAAAAGGAAAAAAUUAUUGAGCGCUUGAAGGAGCAGCGGGAACGGGAAGAUCGAGAGCGACUGGAGGAAGUUGAGUCCUACAAGAAGGAGAACAAGGACCUGAAGGAGAAGGUGAACACCUUGCAGGCCGAGCUGACAGAUAAGGAGUCUAGUCUAAUUGACCUGAAAGAACAUGCGUCGUCUCUCGCUUCGUCUGGCCUAAAAAAGGACUCCAAGCUCAAGUCCCUGGAGAUUGCCAUAGAGCAAAAGAUGGAGGAGUGCAGUAAGUUGGAAACCCAACUGCAGAAGACUCCGAGCAGGAAUGGCGGGAAACCUGUGGCGCAUGAGGCGGAGGAGUCAGGCAGGAUGAACACAGAGAUUCUGGAAAAGAUGAAGCACUUGGAGAAGGAGGUGGUCUACUACAAGGAGGAAUCGAACAAGUCGCAGGCCGAAGUCGACCGGCUGCUGGAGAUCCUCAGGGAGGUGGAGACGGAGAAGAACAACAGGGACAAGAAGGUAGCAGAGAUGGAAAGGCAGACGAAGGACCAGAACAAGCAGACAGGCAGCCCGAGGCACCCCCAGAUGGAGAAGAAGAAGGAGGAGGGCGUGACGGACAACACACUGCAGCAGAUGGAGGAUCUCCUGGCCACCUUGGAACAGACGAGGCAGGAGCUGGACGCCACCAAGCAACGCCUCUCCUCCACCCAGCAGUCCUUGGUGGAGCGCGAUACCCACCUGACCAACCUGAGGCAGGAACGCAGGAAGCAGCUGGAGGAGAUCCUGGAAAUGAAACAGCAAGCCCUGCUGGCCGCCAUCAGCGAGAAGGACGCGAACAUAGCCUUGCUUGAGCUGUCGGCGUCCAAGAAGAAGAAGACGCAAGAGGAGGUGAUGGCACUGAGGCGGGAGAAGGACCGGCUGAUGCACCAGCUGAAGCAGCAGACUCAGAGCAGGAUGAAGUUGAUUGCGGACAACUAUGAAGACGACCAUCAUCAUGCCCUUCACCCGCAGCACCAUCCACACGCCCAACACCCCCCACAUCCACACCACCGUGGCCCCAUCCGGGGACCACCCCAGGAAAACCAUCGCCCCUCUCCUGAUCAGGACGACGAGGAGGGCAUUUGGGCAUAACUGUUUCCCUGAACCAAAGCUCCACUUUUGUUCUGAGGGAUGAUGCAGUCACAGUUGGAGCAAACAGCCAUGGCACAAUGCUGAAACUCUACAUUUAUCACUUGACCAGACUUUGCCUAGAGUGGGAUCCACAGUUCCUACAGGAUCUCCAUCUUGACCACAUGCUGAGGAAGAGGAAGGAAAAAAGACAAAGAGCAGGCGAAGAAGGAUGAAUGCUAGAGGGAGGACUUGUUGAGGAGAUGCAGAUACGCAGCCAGGAGAGGAGGAGGAAGAGGAGGAGUGCAGGAGGGUCAUGCCUCUCCGUGAAGACGUCCUCUGGCAGAUCAUCUGACAGCCGCCUUGUAGGUCCGGUAUCAGGUCAUCCGGGGCCUGGAGGGAGAUUGCUGACAGCCCUGUACUUGGACCAGAACAUCAAAACACCCACAUUCUCGCUCUUCUGGUAACACCAGAGGAGGCACUGCCCCCCCCCCCUCUGCCCCCACACCCUCUAUUCACACUUGAACACUUACAUUCACCUCCCACAGAAAGUGCCAUACACUCUGUUUUGGAUUGGUUUGUGUUCGCAUUUGGCUUUACUACCUGUAAUCAGCUUACCUCAGGAGGGGUAUAGCUCCCUCAGCUUCUGUUAGUAAACCUUCAGCAAUAUCCUGCGGUGAGGAAAACACACAUGAGGCUAAUGGAAGGCCAUGGUUUUCACCAAACAGGGGACCUCCACAAUUCCAGCUCCAGUCCCUGUAGCGUGUGUAAUGCCUUAAUGGGAAUCGCCCCUCGUGGUACCUCACCCACGUCCAGAGUAUGAAGUGGUUUCCGAUCCAGUCUAUGCAGACUUUGAGGUUAAUGCCAUUUAACCUUUAGUUUUUAUAUACAUCGCUUUUCAGAUGUUUUUUUCCCCCAAACCAAGCCACUAUGAUGCUGUAGCCACAAUAUAUUUCUGCAUAAAUGACAAUCAGAACGUUGUCUCCUGAGCUGCUAAGACACUUCAUGGUUCCUUAGGUCAUUUCAUUGUUCCUCUGUGAUGGUGCUGAUGCCACUUGGUUCGAUGAAGUGUCUGGGAAAAAAAAGGAUAAUUUAUAAGCCAUCACACGCAGGACUUGUGACAAAUACAGUAAUCGCCCCUCAGUCUGACAUGAAACACAAAUGACGAUUUGCUGCAGCACACAUGGCCCAAGAGAAAAUACUGUCCAUGUUGUUCUGGGUUCAGAUGCCAGUGUCAGUAAAGUGCUACAGAUCGAGCAAAAUGCAUAAAGGGGACUGUUUAGUCUAUGUGAUGCCUCCUUUAAUAUUUUCAUUUGGGCUUCACACUCGGAUAGACUCUGGUCAGGAUAGGACAAAUGUCUGCUAGUUUCAGAAUGCCAAGCCAAUCCAAACUGAGCAGAUCUGUUUUAGUGACUCCAAUUGUCCCUCUGAACAAGAUGGCAGGUGCCUAUUAAGUAUAUCUGCGUGUCUGUAUUUUGUCUGAUAUAUAUAUAUAAAUAUAUAUAUAUAUGAUGUAUAUGUACAAAAAAAGAAUUUCGUUUCUAUUUUGUUUUUCAAACUUCCUCAAGAGACAAAGUAAAUAAAUUAUAAAAGAAAGUGCUGUUUUAUUGCAUCCACUGGAGAACAGAGAAUGUGUAAACUGUUCGGUAAAAGCAUGAAUGAAUGGAUGAGUGCAAUGACAUUGUGAGGCAAAACUGGAGCACUUUGUACUUCCCCAGUGCAAAGGACAGACAAGAAAGGUUAGGGCUGAAAAAGUAUCGCUGGAAUCCUUUACAAAAUCUUGUAUAAGUAUUUUGCAUCUAGUGAUCUGAAAUGUCUGUUGGAUUGGUGAUGUUUUAGGUUUUAUUUCCAGAAACUAGCUGUGUCUUAGAAUCUUUCUGAUUUGAGCAUCCAGGGUAUGUAAGUGAAGUCGUUGUGUUUACACGGCCGGUGUAGAGUGGUCACACUCAGCCAUAACACCAUGAAGACUGCCACCUGUCAUUAUCGAAGACUGACAAAGACCACUCGGCCGUCUGAGGUUAGUUUAUUUUUGUUUUUAACAGUAAAUCUCAGUUAGACUUUUGAAUAACUGGGGAGGAAAAGGUUUCUUCACCACGGCGGACAGCAGUUGCACUUGUGAGUGACGUCAGCAUUUUUGGGUGGAUGUUCAGAGCUCCAUAGUCAAUGCAUUGUCUGCUUUUGGACAUUUUUGUCUGGACAUUUUUCAAAAUCUAUGCAGUAAUGGCGGUAAAUCCAAUGUAUAAUUGAAUGUAUAAUAUUGGAAAUUAUACCAUACAAGGCCAAAAUGGCUAUUACCUGCGGAUGUGGCAGUGAUAACCACUUCAUUUAAUAUGAAGUUCUUGUUGGAUCUAUCAAAAGUGUGCAGUGUACAGGACAGAGACAGUGGGGAAAUACCCUGAAUUGUUCUACUUUAGUUUUGUCAAGUAUCCACAAUUGUAACUUGAAAUGGAUUCACAGGCAGGAUAUAAAAGGUUCUAAAUUAAAAAGUAGACAAUUUUGGCUAAGGAGCUUAAGUUCAUACUCUUUAAUUUUGUUUUAGGAGGUGGGCUUUUGAGUCCUAUGUUAAUAGUUUCUUCUUAAACAUUAUUUCUGAAUACUUGAAGUAGGGUCUGCC